AUGGCCUUGCAGAACCAGGCUGGCGCUGCCCUUCCUGCCACCCAGAGCCAUCGGGCCCCUGGACUUCUGCACUCGCUCACUCUGACCCACCUCAGCCCAAGAACCUGGUGCCAGGCAGGGCCCAGAUCCCUCCAGAAGACCAGCGUGUCCCCUGUGGUGGCUGCCAAGAGCUGGGGGAACGGAGGCAGGCAGGCUGCGACUUCUGUGCCACUCUGGAAGAUGGAGCCAGGCCCAGCGGACCACAAGUCUCUGGUGCUGGUGCUGAGCCAGGCCCAGGAUCGGCUGCGGGCCCUGCAGAAGUGCCAGUGGGAUGGCCUGGCCGAUGCCAGACGCACCCUGGAAGAUGCCCUGGCCGCGGUGCUGCAGCGGGAGGAGCAGCUGUGGGCCCAGGCCCGGGAGAGGCGGGCACAGCUGCAGCAGCAACUGGCAGCCGUCCAAGGUGCCAAUGAGGAGGCGUGGCAGGCGGGUGUGGCCAGGAUCCAGGCCUUGCAGCAACAGCUGAGCAGCUUCCACACUGGCCUCCUGGCGUGCCCGGGGGCCGGGCUGCCUGCAGAGAGGGCCCAGGAGGCAGCCGACCUGCUCAGCCGCUCCACCGGCCUCGCCCUCAAGCUGAGCUGGGCCCACUUUAUGCCCCACAGGGGGGCUCCGGCCCUGGGAGAACUCCACCUGGAGGAGCAGACCCUCAGCUGGCCUGCAAGCCAGAGCCCCGCCAGGGCCAGGGGAGGGUGCAGCGACUCUGUCCGGCCCCAGGAGACCGGCGUGGGAGCACGGCCCGACCCUGACCCUGAGCUCUGCCGCCUCUCUGAGCCCCUGCAGGCUGGGGGAACCCCCCCUCUUGAGGCUGGAAGGAUGGGCAGAAGGGAGAAGGGGGGCAAGGGCAAGGCAGCCCCCCCACCCGCCGAGGGGAGGGCCCUGGGCACAGGGGAGGCUGAGACGGGUGCAAACAGCACCCCUGGGUCACGGCUCGACUCAGGGGAGCCCACGACCAAUGCCGGUGCCUGCGAGAAGCUGGCGGAGAGGAGGCUUCUGGUGGCUGAGGCGGCUGAGACGGCCACGGCAGCAGAAUCCAUCCUGGGCAGGGCUCCUGGCUCCCUCCCUCUGGAGCCUGGCACCCUCUUCCACGCCAGGGCAGUAUGGGUGCAGGAAGACGCUUCAGACAGCAGCAGUGCAGAGAUGGGGGGAUCCGGGCACUUUCGGGACGUGGCGGUUCUGGGCAGCCGGGUGCCCUCGGCCAAGGAACCCUUCCCCCGCUGGGCAUCCGCUGACUCCCUGGGGGGCAGCUGUGUGGAGCUGGCGGAGAGGGCCUUCUCGCCAGGCCUGGAUCCUGGCGUUUCCCUCGGAGGGACGUGGCAGGGGGAGCCACCCCCGGCUGCCCCCCCCAGCCAGAAGCAGAACGCAGCACUUCCCUGGGCGACACCAGGCCCCUCAAAGGGGCUGGCUGUACAGCAUGCCCAGGCCCUGCUGCCCCGGAGCCUGCGUGCCCCACCUCCACCUCCUGACAAGCUGGUGGGGCACUGGGGGCACUGGGGCAGGAAGCCCGGGCAGCUGUGCCUCCCCCACGGGCUCUCCGCUGGCCGGAGCGGGUCUCUCUACGUGGUCGACUGUGGGAACCGGCGGCUGCAAGAGCUGGGAGGGGCGAGGCUGGUGCUCCCGCUGAGGGCCAAGGCCUACUUUGACGUUGCCCAGGGCCGGGCCGGCUGCCUGGCCCUGACCAAUGCCACCUGGCGCUGCGUGGAGCUGUACAGUGCCCGGGGGGUCCUCCUGCACGCCAUGAGCGAGGGCUUCCGACGCCCACGGGGUGUUGCCGCCAGCGUCCACGGAGAAUUCCUUGUGGCCGAUACUCACCUGGGCAGCCUCCACGUCUUGGUGGCCAGCGGGGGGCAGCUGUGGCGGCGGGCCACUGUGCCGGGCUUCCACAAGCCCUACCUUGUGGCCACCAACACCCUCGGAGAGGUGGCCGUGUCCGAGCGCGGGCUGGAUGGGGGCUGCUGCGUGAAGGUGCUCGGCCCCACCUGGCAGCUCCUGCGGGUGCUGGGGGGCGCAAGCAGACCCCCGCUGCUCACCAACCCCUGGGGCGUCUCGCUGGACGAGGCCGGCAGAGUCUUGGUGGCUGACUGGGGCCGCCAUUCCCACGCGGUGCUCUGCUACCCACGCCGGGGGCUGGGCUGGGCCGUGGUGACCCAGGGAUUGAGCAGCCCCCGAGGGGUCACCCUGCUUGGCGAGCGCCACCUUGUGGUGGCAGACAGCAUGCACCACUGCCUGAAGACCUUCCGGUACUGUUGA